AUGGCAUGUGCCAUUGGUGCUCGAGCUAUGGUGCGGAUUCAUCAACAUCAUCACACAGCAACUACUGUAUCAGAAGAUUCUUUGUCUUCUUUACAGGAAGUGGCUCCUGAGUAUAAUACUAGACCUAAGAGGUCCUACAUCACAACCGGAUUCGGUGGCAGAACAGAAUCCUCUGGAAGCGGUGUCAGUUAUAAGGGAAAUGUCGGCAAGCCGUACGGUAGUAACAUUAUCGAAGUGUCAUCCAUGGAUGCCAAAAAGUACCAAUACGUUGUGCAGUUUGAUGGCCCCCAAAUAGGACAAUGGACUCUAGUCAUUUGGAACAAAAUUGGUCCUGACGGCCUAGUUGAUGGAUGGUUCGGCCACGCUUGCAAAAGUUUUACCCUCGCUCCGGGGCAGACCCUAUAUAUAGCCUUUGCUGAGGACUCCCAAGGUGGCUGGACGGCUGCCCCAGGCCCUUACAUACCGACAGAUUCCUACGGCGGCUAUGCUGCAACGUGGGGUGAAUUUGCCUUUGGCUCCAGCAUUAACUGGGGCUGGUCUGGGUUUGAUGUUUCAGCGAUCGCUGCUCAGAAUGCGGGGCUCGAGGUUCAAGGCAUGAAGAUUUGUGAUAACCUUAUUGGAACAUGCUCUUUCAUAAGCCCCAAGGCUUCAAAGUCCGACAACGCUUAUCUUUACAACAAUAGAGAAGUGGACGGUAUUGGUGGUAACGUUGCCCCAGGACCAGUCAGACUUGUUGUUACUCUCGAUUAUCAAGGCUGA